CCUUCUCAUUUCAAACCCCACAUCACAAAUCACCAAAAUCACACUCUCAUUCACUUAGAAAGUGAUAGCGCGUGUUACACUUCCAAAAAAAAAAAAAGCAUUAGUCUCUAAUUAUGGCUAAUUACAAUCACUUUGUUUGCAUUAUUGUCCUUAUGGCUCUAGUGGUGGUGGCCCCACAUGCUAAGGCCGCGGUCACCUGUGGGACCGUGGUCACUAGCCUCUCACCAUGUCUUGACUACUUCUCAGGAGGUGGUAACGGUCAACCACCUAGUGGUUGCUGCAACGGCAUAAGGACCCUUAAUGCCGAGGCUCAGUCCACUCCUGACCGUCAGAUGGUCUGCACGUGUCUCAAACAGGCAGCCAACGCAAUGCGAAAUGUUAACCUUGGUUUGGCUGCUGCCAUCCCUCCUAAGUGCGGGGUUCACAUUCCUUACAAGCUUGACCCCUCUACUGAUUGCUCCUCGGUUCAUUAAGAGAAUGGAUCUACAACUAGAUCUGUAAGUGUUGCAACGGAGAAUAAGGGUGGAUCGUUGGGUCUGAUUUCGUACCGGCCAGAGUCUUUUUCUCUAUUUAGUUUCUAGUUGAAUUAUGAUGGUGAUUUCUAAAGUUUAGUUUGAUGAAUGAGGUUGCCUUUGUAGCAAUAUGGUCUCAGCUAAUGUAUGAUCUGAUUUACAGAUGGAGUAUAUUUCUGAACCCAUUUAACUAAUAUAAAAAAGUUUAGUUUAUGUCGUA